UAAAAUUCUUCGCGACUUAACCUAAACUUAGCCAGCCUUACCUAAUCCCUUACCUAGAACCUAGGCCCUAGAAAUCAUGAUAAUCGGGGGUUCCCCCUUUCUAGUGCUAAGAAUGCAGAAUUGAAGUGCUCUAAAGGCAAAAAAAUUGUGCCGUACUGGCCGGCGUUUCAAAGAGCCCUAUCAUGACGAGCUAAGCUAUUACGCCUAACGGCUACACUCCACGUUUUUUUUAUGCUCCGAUAAUACUAUAAUAUCUUUACUUGAUUAGUUCCCGUAUUUCUUUGGGCCCGGAUUAAACCGAAAGAAAACAACGUCGUUUUACAAGCUCCGAAGGCGAGUUUUCUUUCUUGCGACAGGGAAAAAGAAUAGAAUCAUUCUUCUGAUUCCACUUUAUCCGCCGGCGAAAGUACAGACUAGCUAGGCGAACAACGACGUUGCGACGGUGAGCAAGAAUUUCUUCGUGAAGGUCGCCAAUAAUGGCGACGAAAACGCCCAGAGCUGCUACUCCGAACGCAGGGAAAAUGAGUCCAUGCGUUUGGCUUUACUCCAGUUUGCUCACUCUUCAAUACGGAGCGCAACCUCUUAUCUCCAAACGCUUCACCAGACGAGAAGUAAUUGUAACUUCAUCAGUCUUGACAUGUGAGAUAGCCAAGGUCGUAUGCGCUCUUAUUCUCAUGGCCAAAGACGGUAGCUUAAAAAAACUGGCAAAGGAAUGGACUUUGGUGGGUUCACUGACUGCAUCAGGUCUUCCUGCAGCAAUUUAUGCACUUCAAAACAGUUUGUUGCAGAUAUCUUAUAGGAAUCUUGAUUCACUUACAUUCUCAAUGCUGAACCAGACAAAAAUUUUUUUCACUGCCUUGUUUACGUAUAUCAUAUUAAGGCAAAAGCAGUCAAUUCAACAAAUUGGGGCUCUGUUCUUGUUGAUCAUGGCAGCUGUUCUUCUAAGCAUUGGUGAAGGCUCUAGCAAAGGUUCUAGCAGUGGUAAUCCUGAGCAAAUUCUAUUUUAUGGAAUUGUCCCGGUCUUGGUUGCUUCUGUACUCUCUGGUCUAGCUUCUGCAUUAUGUCAAUGGGCUUCUCAGGUCAAGAAGCACUCAUCAUACUUGAUGACUGUAGAAAUGUCUAUUGUUGGAAGCUUGUGCUUACUGGCUAGUACCUCUAAGUCUCCAGAUGGAGAAGCUAUCAGACGCCAUGGAUUCUUUUAUGGUUGGACUCCACUAACUUUGAUACCAGUUGUAGCCAAUGCACUUGGUGGGAUUCUGGUUGGCCUUGUAACUAGCCUUGCUGGUGGUGUGAGAAAGGGGUUUGUCAUUGUUUCGGCACUUCUUGUAACAGCCAUGCUGCAGUUCCUUUUUGAAGGAAAACCACCAUCAGUGUAUUGUCUCGUGGCUCUUCCACUUGUCAUCGGUAGCAUUUCGAUAUACCAGAAAUAUCCAUACCAAGUCAAAAGGAAGGAAGCCUAAUAAUUUGCAGAUAGGUAAGGGGAUUUCGCAGUGUGGCCUCAAUUGUUAUAGUUUCCAUUUGUUUUCCCAAGUUUUAGGGGAAGGUAAAUGGAAAUUUUUAGGAUGUAAUUGUACCUACUAGUGUAGGCAAUGAAGAAGGCAUAUUAUACUUGCUUUCAUGAAUAUCAGGACAUAUGAGUUGGGUAUUGAUUGAGACUGAAAGUGGGAAUAAAAGAACCAGUUUUUGAUGUAGUCUGACUUUUUGGAGCAGUGCAAAAUUUAUUGAAUUAUAAAAUAAAUAAUCAUGCAUGUGAAUUGUGAAGUAAUUAAGAUGUUCUAUAUCAUGCUCUGAGUUGAGAAGAGUAAAUGAUUGUAAGUUGAUUGUGGCUUCACUGAACAUAGCAGUAAAGAAACAGGAUUUUGACUUUGUAGUUAUACCAGAGCGGUAUCUCGCAUGCAUGUUCCAUGCAUUUCGUAAGUUAAUUCACAACUUUGACAAUUAUUAUUAUUA